GCGGCUGCCCCUGGUCAUUCCGUAUCUCAUCACCUGCAUCGCUGCCGGUGCAACAACAGCCCCGCCACUCACCACAACAUCCGCCAGUCUCCACUGCUGCCAUCUCCCGUAACAGGAAAACCCAAUGAAGAUGCGAAAGUACACAGUGACACAGCUGGGAGGGACCGUAAGUCCAACCAAAAAAACUGGAAUUUUCCCUGUAAGCUUCACCCCACCUAAAGAAAAGCAGGAGACGUAUACACCACUAAAAUAUUACCAGCUGUUUAGGUACUCAACAUGCUUUGAAAAGUUCCUGAUAUUCCUUGGUGUGAUGUUUGGAGUCCUCUCAGGUGUAUGUAUGCCUGGUUUCAUUGUACUUUAUGGAGAAUUCACAGCUGUCCUUGUUGAAUGGUCAAUGUCAAAUUCAACAAUAACACGUACAGCUUUGCUGAACUGGUUUGGUGGUGGUGAAACAAUCAUUAAUGGAACAAAGGAAGAGGUAGAUAAUGCAUUACUUCAAGAUGCUGGUGCUUUUGGAGUUGGAUUAACAUCCAUAUCUGCAAUUCAGUUCAUUUUAGAUGUGCUGUGUGUUACUUGUCUCAACAGUGCAGCACAGAAACAGAUCACAAGAGUGAGGUGUCUCUUCCUGAGGUCAAUUAUGCGGCAAGACAUGGCAUGGUUUGACACAACAAACUCAGCUAAUUUUGCUAGCCGUAUUACUGGGGAUUUGGAUAAACUUCAAGAUGGAAUUGGUGAGAAACUCGGAAUUUUUAUUUACCAGAUGGUGAGCUUCACUGCUGCUGUGGUAAUAUCAUUCCUUCAUGGUUGGAAACUGACUUUGGUGGUUUUCACUUGUGCACCAAUAAUCAUUAUUUCAACAGCUCUUGUUUCAAAGGUACAAAGUUCCCUGACAGCCCAGGAGCAGAAUUCAUAUGGAAGUGCUGGAGCUGUUGUUGAGGAAGUUCUUAGUGCCAUUCGCACAGUUGUUGCUUUUGCUGGACAACAGAAAGAAGUGGAAAGAUACAAAGAAAAAUUAGUUGUGGCAGAAGCAAUGGGAAUCAAAAGGGGAAAAUUCUCUGGUAUUGGUACAGCCAUGAUGUGGUUCAUUACAUACUGCAGCUAUGCACUUGCAUUUUGGUAUGGAGUAGUACUCAUAAUAGAUUCAAGAGUUGUGGGAGACUUCGAGUACACUCCAGCUGUUCUUGUGAUAGUUCUUUUUGGUAUGCUUGGUGGAGCAUUCAAUAUGGGAAUGGCACUUCCUCAUCUAGAAGCAUUUGGUGUGGCAUGUGGUUCUGCAGCUGCGGUAUUUUCAGUAAUUGAAAGAGAGCCUCAGAUUGACAGUCUCAGUGAGUCAGGGAAAAGACCAGAUCAAGUUGUGGGAGACAUACAGCUGACAGAUGUUUAUUUUCAUUAUCCUUCAAGGCCUGAUGUUAAGAUACUUCAAGGACUAAAUCUGAAAAUUAAACAUGGAGAAACAGUUGCAUUAGUUGGGAGUUCAGGCUGUGGAAAGUCAACAGUUAUUCAACUAAUUCAACGAUUAUAUGACCCCAUUAAAGGCAAUGUGCUUCUUGAUGGAAUCGAUGUAAAGGAGCUAAAUGUCAAUUGGCUGAGGAAUCAAAUUGGAGUAGUUGGUCAAGAACCAGUUCUUUUUGCCACUACUAUUGCACAGAACAUUAGAUAUGGCAAAGAAAAUGCAACCCAAGAAGAAAUUGAAAAAGCUGCCAAAGAAGCAAAUGCACAUGAUUUCAUCAUAAAAUUACCACAGGGUUAUGAUACGAUGGUAGGUGAUCGUGGAACUCAGCUUUCUGGAGGCCAGAAACAACGAAUUGCAAUAGCACGAGCCCUGGUGCGGAACCCUCGAGUGUUACUCCUUGAUGAAGCAACAUCAGCUCUUGAUUUAGCAAGUGAAGCAAAAGUGCAAGAAGCACUGGAUCAUGCUAGCCACGGACGUACCACAAUUGUAGUGGCUCACCGCUUAUCCACAGUGCGUGGAGCUGACAGAAUAAUUUGUUUGGAAUCAGGCCGUGUUGUUGAGCAGGGAACACACACAGAGCUCAUGGAACAAAAUGGACAUUAUUUUGAACUUGUACAUGCUUCAACAAAAGCUGCAAAUACAGACUCUGUUGGAUGCACACCAGAUGAAAUAGUGCCACAGGAAACAGAACAUUUAUCAAACUUUUCACGGCAACUGUCAAAGCAAUUCUCAAGGCAGUCUUCAAGAGCGAGUAGUAUUGGCAAGCAAUAUGAUGUUUCAGCAUUUCAGAAAGAGGAAGAGGAGAAUGUUGACAACAGUACAGUGUAUGAUGCACCCAUCAGUCGCAUUCUUGCUCUUAAUAAACCUGAAUGGGUUUAUGUAACUGUUGGGUCCAUUGCAUCAGCACUUGUGGGAGCAAGUUUUCCACUUUUUGCAGUACUUUUUGGUGAGGUUUAUGCGGUGUUGUCUCUUGAAGAUUCUGAAUACGUAAAGGCACAGACAAAUAUUUAUGCUCUCUAUUUUCUUGGUGUUGGUGUUAUUGCUGGUAUUGGCAGUUUCUUGCAGAACUACAUGUUUGGAAUUGCUGGAGUGAGACUUACAAGCCGCCUUCGUGUCAACACUUUUCAUUCCAUGCUUAAUCAAGAAAUUGCUUGGUAUGAUGAUGAGAAGAACAGAGUGGGAAUAUUGUCAGCAAGAUUAUCUGGUGAUGCUUCUAGUGUUCAAGGGGCAACAGGACCACGGAUUGGCAGUAUGGUGCAGGCAUUCUCCACUUUAUUCCUUGGAGCAGUGAUUGCAUGUGCAUACACAUGGAAACUUGCCCUAGUAGCACUGGCAGCAGUUCCAUUUGUAUUCGGAUCAACAUUUAUGGAGGCUAAAGUUGUACAAGCGAGUGGCUUAGAUGAGAAGAAGCAACUUGAGGGUGCAACGAAGGUAGCAGUAGAAGCCAUUUCAAAUAUCCGCACCGUGGCCAGCUUGGGUCAAGAACAAUCAUUCAUUGAUCACUACAACCUGUCUCUGCACUUGGCUGCUAAAGCAAUGAUGAGAAGAAUGCGACUAAGAGGAGUAGUCUUUGCAACAGGCCAGACAGCACCAUUCUUUGGUUAUGCUCUUGCAUUGUAUUAUGGAGGAUAUCUUGCUGUUACUGAGGGACUUCACUAUAAAAAUAUAGUAAUGGUAGCAGAAGCUUUGAUUUUUUCGACAUGGAUGCUGGGACAAUCAAUGGCAUUUGCCCCAAACUUUGGAGCUGCAAAACUAGCUGCAGGUCGUCUCUUUCAGCUACUCGACAGGAAACCACAAAUUGAAUCUGGCCCAGAUACUGGCGAGGGCCUCAUUUCAACUGAUGCAGGUGCAAGAGUUGGAUAUUCAAAAGUGCACUUUCAUUACCCAACUAGACCAGAAGUAAAAGUGUUAAGGGGACUGAAUCUACUCAUACAACCCGGAAAAACAGUAGCACUUCUGGGGUCAAGUGGAUGUGGAAAAUCAACUUGCAUCCAAUUGUUGCAGAGGCUCUACGAUCCUAUGUUUGGAAAGAUUGCUCUGGAUGAACAUGACAUUAAUUCUCUGUCCUUGAAUACUCUUCGUGGUCAGCUUGGAAUUGUAUCACAGGAGCCUACCCUGUUUGAUAGAACAAUUGCAGAGAACAUCGCAUAUGGUGACAACAGCAGAAUUGUGCCAAAAGAUGAAAUAAUAGCUGCUGCAAAGGCUGCAAAUAUUCACAAUUUUAUUUCAGCCCUUCCACUGGGCUACGAGACUGGUCUUGGUGCAAAGGGUGCACAGCUUUCAGGUGGUCAAAAGCAGAGAAUUGCUAUAGCACGAGCCUUGGUCCGGAAUCCAAGAGUAUUGUUGCUUGAUGAGGCUACAUCAGCUCUGGACAACCAGAGUGAGAAGGUAGUACAACAGGCCUUGGACCAGGCAUCAGAAGGUCGGACCUGUAUUACCAUAGCACAUAGGCUAGCAACAGUGCAGAAUGCAGACACCAUUUGUGUGCUAAACAAUGGAACUAUUGCUGAAAUGGGAACACAUGAGCAGUUACUUGCCAAAAAAGGACUGUACUUCCAAAUGCACCAGCAGUCUGCCGGAGAACCUGUGUGACACAUUAAAAGAGGUGUCCAGUUCUGUCAUGGCAGAGCCAUAAUGUGUUCUCUUGUCGUCGUGAGAGACAAAUGGCUGGCAUUUCAUUUUCAGCACUUUGGGAUUUGGCUGUGCAACUGUGGCAGUUAUCUAAGUAUGAUGUGACCUAUAAACACAUCAUCAGACACUAUCUGAAUCCCAGAUGGUGUAAUACAAUAUCAAAACUCCAAGUUGUACUACUGUGGCCAUUGAGUAAACUUCUGUAAGCCAUGUAACUGCACUGUAAUUGUUGUUCUUAAGCUGUGAUACAUGAAAGAUGUUAUUGUUUGUAGGUCAGUAACAUUGCACUUUUAAAAAGUCUGAAGCAACAAUAACUGCAGAGAUGAGCAACCAAAAGUGACUUUGUAUAAUAUGAGCCCUUCAGUUUGUCUUUCUUGCGCAGAGGAAUUGUAAUAUUGUCUGUACCACAUCAGUAUUUUUGUGAAAAUUAGAGGGUAAUAAUUUAUGUACAAAUUUAUGCAGCACACAAUUAAAAAUGUGUGUUGAUUUGUUGGUUAUUUUUAUAUUUAUUAGUAUGGUUUCAUUCCAUUGUCAUUAGAAAGUGAAAAUCAGUGAAACUCACAUGGAGGAAAGUGCAAGUAGAGUAUUAAUUCAUAUCUACUGCAUUUGUAAGCCGCACACUGGUCGUUUCUGCGAAAUGCGUCAUCAUCAUAUUCAUGUGUUUGCAGAAUUAUUUCACACAUUAAGUGAUGUAUAUUCUUGCUUAUUUAAUAUAUAUUUUAGUUUUCA